AUGCCUUCCCCUCCCAUUGCGAGAAGAGCUUCCUGGGAUGCAAUUGAUGCUGCUACUGCAGAACGAAGGGCCAACAUGCAACAUCUCAUAGCUGCACAGGAGGUGCAGGCCCUGGAGCGGUGUGACGAGUUGAAAUCUCGCAUCUACUGUAAGGCUACCGAAAGCCUCAAAGCACCAGAGCCGCUUAUCAUACCAGAGCCUUGGGUACUCUCAGAAGCACCUGUACAGAGAUUGGUCGAGCACCCCCUUAUGUUUCAACGUUAUCUAGAGUUGGAGCGGGGUAUCCUUGAUCUGAUUGAGAUUCGAAAAUAUUUCCUUGAAUCACAGAUCUGCAAGUCCCCUCAACUCCUCAUAACGCCUCAGUUCCGCCAAGAGGUCAAAUCUCUUGAGAUCCUUGAGAGGCGACGAGAGGAUAUUCUGGCAAGCCGGUUGCUGGUUGAUCUCAUACUCGAAGUUUUCCGUCACGUAACGGCUAAGCUUCUCAUUGACAUCACGAAAAAGGACGAAAAAAAGAAGGCACCUAUAUCCGAAGCAUGCUACCGCCUCAUAGCUUAUUCAACCUACCCAGGUGGUGUUAGUGAGCUCAUUACUGCAGCUCAAAACAUUGAGGAAAUGGAAUUCGAAUACCUACCGUGGCGAUACAAUGCUCUGAACCCUUCAUGGGCGACUUCACCAACGCCAUCGUUGCCAGAGUCUGCCCCAGUCUUCGCACAACAAUCUCCACCAGCCGAUGAUAUACGAACUUCUCCAGAGCAAGUUUCCUCGCUACCAUCGACAGAAGACACAUCACUCAAGGACCCCACUCGUAUACGUGUCAAGUUCCAAGAUUGUCUGAUAACAAGGACUCCAGCUGUCUGGAGAAAGAUAAAGAAAAGCCUACCGGGUAUCUCAUCUAGUCCACGCAACCCAUUGGGUAAGCCAGUCUCGCAGUUUAGACCUCAACGAGCGGUACGAACGGGAGGAAGAGGACAUCGUCGAAACUCAGACAUGUCGUACCUGACACACCCUAUCGUGAUGAUGGGAUUACCCCCAACACCGUACGAGUUCCCGUUUGACAAUCCGCGGUCGCCUGAGCCAGCACCAACUCAAGGAGAGCAUAUACAAAGGCCACCAGAGCGCGCAGGUUCCAGGAAGAGUCACCAUUUCCUCACUCCAUCUAUCGGCCAAGGGUCUACGUCCACUCGACCGGAAACUGCUCACCCACAAGAUGCUUGGUCCGCAGCGACCGGUUCGAAACGGCGAGUUUCCUCACUCGCUCGCUCCGUAGACUACGGCGAGCCCAAGAAAGCUAGAAUAUCUAAUUCAAACGAAGCUUGCCUGAUCAGCCGCAACGAUAGCAUCAGCAGUGUAGAUCGAACCCAGGAGGAUGCCAAACAUGAUGCAACAGGAGAUGGAGAUACGGAGAUGGUUGGCAAAGAUCACCCGCCAUCGAAAACACCGACUCCCAGAAUGGCAGUAGCGCUUGCCAUAGCUCAAGCGAAGAGGGACGCAAAGUACACGAAAGAGCGCUCUUAUUGGCUCUCUGAAGGCUUGGGCAAUGAUAGCAUGUGGGAUAAAGGGUACGGGUGGGAAAGUGAAGAGGAUUAG